AAUAACUAAACGUAAAAAAAAAAAAAAUCAGAGUCACAUCAAGGUAGGUACGACUGUGGUUCAAGCGUCCAGGCUGAGAGUGGGGACGGAUGGCCCAGCUCUCCUGCCCGACACCCGUCCUGACCCGCGGGGACAGAUACCAGAGCUAUCGGCCACCUGUGGAUGUCCCGCCAGGCGUCUUUGUCACACACACACACACACACACCCCCUCCCAGAAGGCAGGCCCUGCCGGACGCCCCCAUGUUACAGAUGAGGAGACAGACUAGAACGCGUUUAAGGAUUUGCCAGGGGAGGGGUGUCUGGGGCCGGAGGCUGAACAGGGGACACAGCUCAGCCCUGCGCCUCCCCCAGCAUCUGGCCGCUGAGAGUGGGCGUGUGCUGUGUGCAGACAGGCCUCCUGGCGGGCUCUCCCCGCCUCCUCCAGCUCAUAGAGACACAGCCACACGCGCCUGCUGCGGCCGCCUGCCCCAGAGCUCCCGCCUGCCCAUGGAGAUGCCUGCCCCUGUCCUGGCGUUGGUAAGAGGCCAGGCGCUGCCGGCCUUCCUGCUCUGCAGCACGCUGCUGGUCAUCAAGAUGUACGUGGUGGCCAUCAUCACGGGCCAAGUGAGGCUUCGGAAGAAGGCUUUUGCCAACCCCGAGGAUGCCCUGAGACACGGAGGCCUCCAGUACUGCCGGAGUGACCAGGACGUAGAUCGCUGCCUCAGAGCCCACCGGAAUGACAUGGAGACCAUCUACCCCUUCCUGUUCCUGGGCCUCGUUUACUCCUUCCUGGGGCCUGACCCCUUCAUCGCCCGGAUGCACUUUCUCGUCUUCUUCCUGGGCCGCGUGGUGCACACCGUGGCCUAUCUGGGCAAGCUUCGGGCACCCACCCGCUCCCUGGCCUACACCCUGGCCCAGCUCCCCUGUGCCUCCAUGGCCUUCCAGAUCGUCUGGGAAGCUGCCUGCCACCUGUGACCAGCAGCCGACAACUGCUCAGCCAGCAGACCGCUGGCCACGAGCCCCCGUGACUGUACCCGGAGGGCGCCGGGCGGCCCUUGGGGAUUGUGCUCAGCCCAGGGACCCGGUUUCUUGGCAACCCACGGAGCGCGGGAUCCUGGGCACCGCGGGCCUGUGCGUGUUUGCCCAUGUGUGUGCACGCGUGUGGGCGGGCGUGCCUCUCGGACUUCUGGGUGGAGUGGCUGCCCGGACCGUGCGGAGAUGGCUUCUCAAGACUGACAGAAAAAUCCUCCCACUCGAGCACCAGCGCAUUAAAAGCCAUGUUCCUUCUCCGUCCCUACGAGUGAGAGAAGAGUCCGUUCGGGUUCCUCAACGAAACCACCAUCCGGAUUCAGGGCUGUACUAGCCGCGAGCUUCUUAGACCCACCCCAGAGAUUCCGAUUCGGCUAGUUUCGAGGGGACCCUGGGCAUCUGUGUUUUUGUAAAGCUCCCCCGUGUCCCGGCGGUGUCCGGGCCCCGGCUCCACACCACCCCUUUCCUCCAGAAGCAGGACCCGGCACAGGGUGGGGUGUGAUAUUGCAAUUUCUUUUGUGGUGGGAGUUUAGCGAGGGGGGCGUGGGAUUACGUUCCCCGGAGCCCUGUUGACACUCCCCGUGCUCGGUCUCCGUUCCUUUGCCGGAUCCUUCUCUCCUACGUGCCGGUGCCGAAAGGCGGGGCCCACAGUGAGGGUCGCUUCUCUUCCCUGGGGAGUCACUCACUCGUUAAGGGCCAUAAAGCAAGAGAAUGGGCCCGGCAUGACCAACCGCUCAAAGGAACUUUCUGGCUCCUUCUGUACCCGCAAGAUUUGAAAAGUACAACUGUGCACCCCUGCGGGGAA